AUGGCCAAGCAGGCCCGUGAAGAGGCUAGUGCUGCUAUGGAGAAGGCUGAGCAAAUGGCGCAGGCACACAGAGAGGCUAUUGCUUCCAAAAAAGAAGCCGAGGAAGCUGCAAAAAAGGCUCAAGAAGAUGCCUCGAUUGCUAUAGCCGACGCUAUUAAACGUACCAGGGAGGUUGAACAGGCACGCAUGGCGGAAAAUGAUGCUGAGAAAGCCUACAAGCAAGAGAAUAAGCAGCAAGUUAUAACAAAGAACUUGAAGUCAAUGGGAAGAAGCCACAAAGUUGAAAAGCAAGUAAAUGAUUCAUCGCAUGUUGAUGCCUAUCCUAGAACUGAAGUUGAUGAUGAAAUUAAAGAAGAAAAUUUUCAAGCUAUAGAAGUUGUAGAUACUAAAAAUCAAAAGGGUGCAAACCAAGAAAAAGCAAAAAUUGCUAGAAUUUCCAGCACCCAUGAUUAG